UACCUUUUGAAGAAAAUGCACAUUAGUCCCCAUACGAAGGAAGAAAUGGAGGUGAUGACUGAGAAACAGAGAGAUACUAGGUAUUUCUGGAACAAUACUCCUGAAAAAAGCGAUUAUGAGGCUGUCGAAGCCCUUAUUUCUAUGAGUUGCAACUGGAAAUCGGACUUCAAAAAACAUGCAGAAAUGAGACCUAUAACUCCAGCCUCUGAUAUGUCGGAAGAGAGUGAUGAGACUUUGCUUCCUGGAGCAGCCGACUUUAAUGCGAUACCAGCAUUUUGCCUGACGCCCCCCUACAGCCCUUCUGACCUGGAGAUGUCGCAGGUGGUCCAUCCUGGGGCACCCGCACCCGCUGCAGCGCUCGGCAAGUGGCUGGCAGAGUCUGCCAAGCCUCCGGCUGCCCCGCGGAGAGAGACGGAGAGGCCUCCAGCUGCGGGGCCUCCGAAAGCUCAAGCGACCAGUGUCAUCCGCCACACGGCUGAUGCCCAGCUUUGUAAUCACAAAACCUGCCCGGUGAGAAUGGCCAGUGUGCUGAAGUACCAGGACAGUGUUUCGAGGGAAACAGCCAGUAAACAAAAGGCUGAAGCAGAACCUGCAGCGUGUUCCGCUGCGCUGCCGAGCAGGGCCAGUGAGGCGAGCAGUGAACUCCCAGUGGGAGCAGGAAAAGCCACAGAACCUUCUGGAAGCCUAGUGCCCUUGGCAAAGCCCUCGGUCAGCAGGCAUCAACCCGUUCCUGGCUCGGCGGGGGUGUCACCGCCGUGCCCCACGCAAGGCAGUGGAGCCCCCCCUGUGCCAGUGAUUUGCCAGAUGGUCCCUCUGCCCGCAAACAACAAUGUUGUGACAGCCGUAGUGCCCAACACCACGCCGAGCCAGCAGCCAGCUCUCUGUCAGCCCAUGGUCUUCAUGGGCACCCAGGUCCCCAAAGGUGCUGUGAUGUUCGUCGUGCCCCAGCCGGUUGUGCAGAGCACAAAGGCUCCCAUUAUUAGUCCGAAUGGCACGAGACUCUCUCCCAUUGCCCCUGCUCCUGGCUUCGUACCUUCUGCGGCAAAAACCACUCCUCCGGUCGAUUCUUCAAGAAUAAGGAGUCACAUCUGCAGCUACCCGGGAUGUGGGAAGACGUACUUCAAGAGCUCCCACUUGAAGGCUCACGUCAGAACACACACAGGAGAGAAGCCGUUCAGUUGUAGUUGGAAAGGCUGCGAGAGAAGGUUUGCGCGGUCUGAUGAACUGUCUCGCCAUCGCAGGACGCACACCGGGGAGAAGAAGUUUGCCUGCCCGAUGUGCGAGCGGCGGUUCAUGAGGAGUGACCACUUAACGAAGCAUGCCCGUCGCCACUUGUCGGCCAAGAAGUUACCCAACUGGCAAAUGGAAGUGAGCAAGUUAAACGAUAUCGCCGUGCCGCCAGCGGCCGCGCAGUGAGAGGACUGAACUCUGAAGACGGUGGAAUUAACUGUUGCCGCUGGGAUCUGCCAGCUAAAACCAGGCUUUUGCUCCCGGCCCGUGGUUCUCCCGCGCCGGCUGCUGAUGGAGAUGCAGCAGAGGGGGCAAAGGCAGCCUGUGCUCGGCCACAACAAAUGUUGCUGGGAGAACUGGUGGCUGACUGGAAUAGCGGGUGUCUUUUGCACUGGUAAGGAGAGAGGGAGAGAGAGAGAGGGGGGAGGUUCUAGAGCAGAGCAGCACACGUUGUGGAAAUUUUGAAUUUUGCAAAUUACUCGUAUAUACUCUAGAUCAGUCACGCGUUAAGUGUUGCUGAGGGUUUGCCGCUGACGCUUGAGACCAGCGCCCAUUGUAACUUUCAGUUGUCAAUCUUCGGUGCAGUGCGGGAAGACGGGAUGUACAGGCGGAGCCCUGAAAGCCCAGAACACACCUGUGUAAGAUAAUCUAAAUCAGUUUUCCUACUGCUGCUGUGUUUCUUGGUAGGAAUCCUUUCCUCCUAUCCAUUCUCCAGCCCCGUCACAGGCGAUAGUUUGGUGCCAAACUCGUGGAGAUUUUGGAGCCAUCCCCCAGUGUGGGGUGUUUAACACACCCAGCUUUAUAGCGCUGUUGCUGGGGGGCAGCGGGAGGGUAGGAAGGUUUCUGAAUCCUCAUUAGCUUUGUAAUAUUUUCUCAGCUGCUUUGGCAAGCCUUGUGAUUAUCACAGCUGCUCCUACCUGGGCGUUGGAGCGUGCUUCUGCUUUUGUGGUGCUUACGGUUCCUUUUCUACCUUCUGGCGGUUCCGUACCACUGCGUCCCUCGGAAAGGGAUACAGCGCACUUUGGAGAGAAACAUUGCAACUGUAAACUGCUCGGGGUUGAUUCGGGGAGAAAACCAAGGAUCUUGGGCUUCUCGAUCGUGUUUUUUGGUGAAUGACAGUUUAUACUAAAAAUGAAAUGGAUAUAUUAUGUAUUGUUUUAAAUUAGAAAGUUGUGAUUCGAAAAGUAAAAUAAGGCAGUAAAGACACCGGCCUAGAACUUAAACUGUAGCUUUUGUGACAAAUAAUGCAUCAACUUUCACUAUUUCUAUUUUAUCAUAUAAUGUUGAGGGCACGCAUCAGAAAGCAAAGGGUUUGAAAAUAGUGUAUUAGAUACGCUUUUUGUGACUACUUUAAAGAUUUGCACAUUUCUUAUGUUGUACUUUAUACUUUGUUUACAAUAAAACAGAUUUUCUUUAAUAUA